UUUCCUCCACCGCCCCCCCCCCUUCUUACUCAUCACCCUCCUUCCUCUUCUUCAUCUUCUUCCUCCCCUUCUUUCAAUGGCUGUCCAUUCUUCUCUCUCUUCACCUCUCGGCCCUCCUGCCUGUGAAAGAGACUCUAAGCCUCUUCAAUUCAUCGAUGAAAUGACUCGUAACGCCCACGCCGUCCAACACACCCUCCUCUCUGAAAUCUUGUCCAGAAACGCCUCUACCGAGUACCUCCGCCGUUACUCCCUCGACGGCGCUACCGAUCCUCAAACUUUCAAAGCUAAACUCCCUGUCAUCACCUACGAGGAUCUCCAACCUGAAAUACAACGAAUUGCCAGUGGAGAUCGCUCUCCUAUUCUCUCCUCUCAUCCCAUCUCCGAGUUCCUCACUAGUUCUGGUACUUCCGCCGGAGAGAGAAAACUUAUGCCAACGAUUAAGGAGGAACUGGAUCGUCGUCAACUUCUAUACAGUCUACUCAUGCCAGUUAUGAACCUCUAUGUACCUGGGUUGGAUAAAGGCAAGGGGCUUUACUUCUUGUUUGUGAAAUCGGAGACGAGGACUCCGGGUGGGCUCUUGGCUCGACCUGUUUUAACCAGUUACUACAAGAGUGACCAUUUCAAGACCCGACCCUACGACCCCUUUAUGGUUUACACCAGCCCCAAUGAAGCCAUCCUUUGCCCCGAUUCCUUCCAAAGCAUGUACACUCAGAUGCUCUGUGGUCUUCUCCAACGCAACCAAGUCCUCCGCCUCGGCGCCGUCUUUGCCUCUGGUUUACUCCGUGCCAUCCGCUUUCUUCAAUUGAACUGGCACGAUCUCGCUACUGAUAUUCGUAACGGAACCUUGAAUUCCAGAAUCACCGAUCCCUCCUUAAGAGAUUGCAUCCAGAAGAUCCUGAAACCCGACGCCCAACUGGCGGAUUUCGUUUCAGAUGAAUGUUCGAAGGAAGAGUGGGAGGGAAUUGUAACCAGGAUUUGGCCGAAAACGAAAUACCUCGACGUAAUCGUCACCGGAGCUAUGGCCCAGUACAUUCCAACCCUCGAUUUCUACAGCGGCGGAUUACCUCUGGCUUGCACCAUGUACGCAUCAUCCGAGUGUUAUUUCGGACUGAAUCUAAACCCUAUGUGUAAACCAUCGGAAGUUUCAUACACUAUAAUGCCAAACAUGGCCUACUUCGAGUUCCUCCCUCUGGAGCAGAAUUCCGGAAGCGAUUCAUCCCCAAAACUCGUGGACCUGGUGGAUGUAGAGAUGGGAAAAGAAUACGAACUGGUAAUCACAACAUACGCAGGAUUGUAUCGUUACCGGGUGGGGGAUAUACUCCGGGUGACAGGAUUCCACAACGCGGCACCGCAGUUCCACUUCGUGAGGAGAAAGAACGUAGUGCUGAGUAUAGAUUCGGACAAAACAGACGAAGCAGAGUUGCAGAAGGCAGUGGAGAAGGCGUCAGAGGUGUUAAAGCAAUGGAAAGCGAGCGUGGUGGAGUACACGAGUUACGCAGAGACGAAGACGAUUCCGGGGCAUUACGUGAUAUAUUGGGAAUUGAUGGUGAAAGAAGGGGGGGAGGAAGCAGGGAAAUGGGGGAGGAAGGAAGUGAUGGAAGAGUGUUGUUUAAGAAUGGAGGAAUCGAUGAACUCGGUGUACAGGCAAGGGAGAGUGGCGGACAAUUCAAUAGGAGCAUUGGAAAUAAGAGUGGUGAAGAGUGGAACGUUUGAAGAAUUGAUGGAUUAUGCGAUAUCGAGAGGAGCGUCAAUCAACCAAUACAAGGUUCCAAGGUGUGUGAACUUUACACCUAUUAUGGAACUCCUGGAUUCUAGAGUAGUAUCCACGCAUUUUAGUCCUGCUCUCCCACAUUGGACUCCAACUACAAAAUCCUAAUUUUAUUAUUUUUUUUUUUCAAUUUUCUCUUUCUCAAAUUUGGGGGAAAAAAAGAAAAAAAAUGUAGGUUCUAAUACUCUGUAUUCUACUUCUAUUGUAUUCUAUCAAAUCUUGUUCUCAUAACUAAAUUUAUGCAAAAACAAAAUCACAUUUCUUGUCCAAA